AGAGUGAAGCUGAUUGGCUUUGCAAAGAAGAGGUUUUCGCGCGGGCUAAAUUCCCAUCGUAUGUGCGUACGUGCGGCGUGCACGUACAAUAACAGCUAAAGUUAUCAAAAUGCCGUCCGAGCAGCAGAAGACUUCGGCUAAUCAAGUCGUUUCUGCUCAACCAGAAAAACCUUUUCACUAUACUUACCUGAAGGAGUUUCGUACACAACAAUGCCAGGAUUUCUUGCAACACAAGUGUCCAAAUCAUCGACCUUUUACUUGUUUUCAAUGGCAUUUUCUUAAUCAACGAAGAAGGAGACCGAUACGAAAACGUGAUGGAACAUUUAAUUAUAGCCCGGAUAUAUAUUGCUCCAAGUAUGACGAAACUUCAGGCCUUUGUGAAGACAGAGAUGAGUGCCCCUACCUUCACCGAAAUACAGGAGAUACAGAGAGAAGGUACCACUUGAGAUACUACAAGACAGGAACCUGUGUUCAUGAGACCGAUGCCAGAGGACACUGUGUCAAGAACGGUCCUCACUGUGCAUUUGCACAUGGCCCUCAUGACCUACGACAGCCUGUCUAUGACAUCCGGGAGAUGGCCCAGACAAAGGCUCCAGGACAGGGGGUUCCUUCGGUGUUGCCUCCAGAGUGCACGACGCUGUCAAGUGACUUAGGAUCCCUAACGGCUAAUCUCAUCACCACACAGGCUCCUUCAGUAGCACCUCCUGCUGUAUCAACAGACAAGGAUAAAACAAUGUAUGUAGAUGAUCCUAGAUGGCAAGAUACAAACUUUGUAUUAGCCAAUUACAAAACAGAACCUUGUAACAAACCCCCUCGGCUAUGUCGUCAAGGUUACGCAUGUCCUAGAUAUCACAAUGCCAGGGAUAGGAGGAGAAAUCCACGCAAAUGCAAAUAUAGGUCUACCCCAUGCCCUAAUGUGAAAAUAGGAGAUGAGUGGGGUGACCCAGCCAACUGUGAACAGAUUGAUAAUUGUCAAUACUGUCAUACGCGGACGGACCAGCAGUUUCACCCUGAAAUCUAUAAAUCAACCAAAUGUAAUGACAUGCAGCAGACUGGAUACUGCCCACGGGGACCUUUCUGUGCAUUUGCACAUGUAGACCAGGAAAUGAGUAACACUCAGCGUGAAUUAACAGAGGACCAAACGUCUAGUCUAUCCCAAAUUUCACCUGUAUCAUCUGCAUCGUCGACGAGUAAUCCGGUCAGCAACCCCUCUCUUCAAACAGAGUUAUGUCUUGAUUUUUCAUUUGUACCACCCAAUGUCCAUGGUCACAUCGGGAGUGGUGAUGCCUCUAAUCUUAACAGCCCGGGUAGUAGCAGUCUGGGACCCAUAGGCAAACCUCGCUCUAACAGUGCAUCAAGUAGCUAUUCAUCCAUAUCUGAAACUUCUAGCUAUCAUCGUUCACACAAUGCAGAGAAGGACGAUAAUUCAAAUCUGUUUUUCCCGACGUGUCCUAUUCCUCUGACGACAAGCAACAGCACAAGUUCUUUCUUUACUAGCUCCAUGUCUGUCAAUGCACAACCAUUCUAUCCUACAAGCGAUACUGUGGAAUCUGUUAUAGGGAAUGCUUUAGAUGAACUGAAUAUGGAUGACUUUGAUGUAGCGGCGAUAGACAAAGAGUUGGACAAUGAUAAUUCAUCAAUAGGGAGUUCCACUACAAGUUUGGGCCAUUUAUCAUUGGGUUUGAGUUUAGGAUCAUCAGCACCUGUCAACAUCCCAACCAGUAGCAGUCUAAAUCACAAGUCUUCUAUGCCAGAGAGUCCGGCUUCCCCCCUUUCACAGUUACCACCGGCAUUUGUUCCACAACACAUACAACAGCAACAACAUCAACAACAACAAAUAGAGCAGGCUGCAGCUGCAUUUAUGAGUCAACCCAACACAGUACCAUCUAGUCUAAGACACAUAGGUUUAGGACACAUCUUAGGAGAUCCUAUAGGAUCUGCCUCAGGGUCUCCUAGCUCCACUACACCUCUAACAACCUCAUCAUCCAAUUCUACCAGUGGGACCAGAUCAGGGGGGCAGAACCACACCGGUGGAGGGGGCGAGGGGGAGACUGAUGUAGGCAGGUUACAAGAAGAAGUCAACACGUUGAGAGGGCAGGUCCAGAAGUGGGAGGAGUCAUGGGCACAGGCCAAACAGGCAUGUGAUGCAUGGAAGCGUGAAGCUACGGAAUCCCAAGAGAAAGCUAAGCAUGCUGAAUUAGAAAAGAAUACAGCAUUACAAAGAAAGGAAGAGGCAUUCAAUGAAUCUAGAAUACUAAAGCAAGAGAUAGAAGGUUUAUCAGGAGGACCACAUUUACAUGUGCUAAAUAAGGUAGCUGAACUGACAAAUUUACCCGUGACCAAGCUUAAACAAUUACAAUUACAGCUCAAACUGGAUUUAGAAAGGGUUGAAAAGGUGUUACAUAUAAGAGAAAACUUCACUUGCUGCCUGUGUCACGACAGAGAACGUAGCGUUGUGGUAGGACCCUGCCAACACUUAGCCCUUUGCUCAUCAUGCGCAACAACAGUCAGUGAAUGUCCUGUAUGCCACAUACAAGUCAACAACAAGACCAAUGUGGUGGUGCCGGCACCCCUCUGACUGUGGCAUAACUGGGGGCAUUUCUGUGCCCCUCUGACAGGGGGAUAGUUCCUUGGGUAAGGGGGUAUACCUGCACCCUUCUUAUUGUAGGAUAAGUCUUGGGGGUCAGGGUAACUCUGCAUCUACAUUACUGAAGAUUAAGUCCUGGAGUAUGGGGUAUCUCUGCACCUCUCUUCCUGUGGAUACUUCCAGGGGUCAAGGUCAUUCUUGCAAGUACCAUAGGAGGCAUUAUCCAUGCACCCCUCUUGCAGUAGGAUAGGUCCUUUGGUGGACUAGAGGGCAUUUCCAUCCUCUUUUUAAUAUUGAAAGCUAAUUUUGUUGGUAGGGGAUGAUUAGUUACAGGGAUAGGGGUUAUUUCACCUCCCUUUUUACUGUAGGAUAAUUUCUGAAGUAGGGAGCAUUUGACAUCCUAACUUCAAGAUAAGUUCUUGGUUGUGUUCCCAUACCCAUCUUACUAUAGAGGAUGCACCUUCCUGCCUCUAACCAGGAUGCGCCUAGGUUUAGAGGGUUUGUCUGUGGUGUGGUAAGAACCAAACAUCACAUUUUCAACUUCCUCACUUUGAUUUCAUGUCUUGAUGUUCUGUUCUAUGUUAAUUUUGUCGUGAGGUAAUAAUUGCAAGAACAUUUGUGAUAGAAAAGGGGGUAUUGCAAGAUUAUUUGUGAUAGAAAAGGGGGUGUAAAGUAGAUCGGAGGUAUCAGACUUGUUUAUUAUUGUUUCAAAUGGUGGUGUUUCAGUAUCAGUAUCACAUCAUUGUUUGAUUUGUUGAUGUUUAUUUUGAGAUUAUUGUCAAGUACAUACCACAGUGUAUCCUUCAAUCCAUGCUAGCGAACCCCCAGAGGUAGGUCAUAUUUUAUAUGAUACAAAAUCCUCUCCAUCAUUCUUCCAUAUCCAUGCUGCUUUCCUUCCCCCUCAGCUAGGUGCAUCAUCAUGUUAUAUUUACCGGUAUCUAGUAUUUAUUAUAUCAUUUAUAAUUUUGUUCAACUGUACGCUUGUUGUGGAGGAUUAGGUGACUGAUAUCUUGUGACAAGUAGUUGAAUAACAUUCUUGAAAGUAAUGUUUAGCUAUCUCCAGGUAUUACACUAGUAUACAAUUGUGAAGUUAUGAGUAUUUUCACAUUAAAAAUGAAACUGAGGAAAAUGAUACAUUAGUAUACUUUUCUCAUGAAAUAAAGGGUACUUUCACGUUGAAAAUUAAACCAAGGAAAAUGGCUACAGUGAUGACACUCGUGUUAUGUUCUUGUGAAGUCAAGAGUACUUUGAAAUUUAGAAUUAAACCAGUGAAACACAGAUUUGGGGAAACUCCCAGUUUACUCAAAUUCUCAAAUUACUCAAAUUCAAUAUUUUUUUAACACAGAAUACUUAGUCAUAUUGACUAAU